CUCACCUCACCCAUCCCAAUGUCAGCCUCUCCCCUUCCGCGGAUCCUGCACUUUAACGACGUGUACCACGUCCUCCCCCGGGAAAAGGAACCCAUGGGAGGAGCAGCUCGGUUUGCCUCUGCCCUUGCAAGCGAGCCAGAGGCUCUUGUUCUGUUUUCAGGUGAUGCUUUUGCACCUUCGAUUGAUUCAACCAUUACCAAGGGUGCCCACAUGCCGGCCAUUCUCAACCAGUUUAACAUUGCUGCUGCUUGCUAUGGCAAUCAUGACUUUGAUUUCGGGACAGAGCGCCUGGCUACCUUGCUCUCGCGGACAAACUUUCCUUGGAUCUGCUCAAAUGUCGAUUCUCCCGAUGACGGCGAGCCGCUGCUCGGCGCUCAUCGCUACCUGGUCAUCGAGUGGGCCGGCAUCAAGGUCGGGCUGCUUGGCCUGGUCGAAAUCGAGUGGCUCGACACCCUUGCCACCCUUGAUAACGACGACGUGGUGUACAGCGACUUUGUGGAGAAGGCUACCGAGCUCGUUUCGCGUCUUCGCAACGACGAGGGCGUCGAUCUUGUCAUUGCGCUCACCCACAUGCGCGAGAACAACGACGAGCGCCUCGCCCGCGAGUGCGCAGGCAUCGACCUCAUUCUUGGCGGGCACGACCACUUUUUCAAGACUUCCGAGGUCGCCGCCGCCGACGGCUCGGGGUGGACCACCCGAAUCUGCAAGUCCGGCACCGACUUUCGCGAUCUCGCCGGCAUCACCCUCGACAUGGGGCUCGCCGGCAAGCCAGGCUUUGCCACCGUCGAGCACAUCGCUAUCACCGGCGAGCUCGACGAGCACCCCGACGUCGCCCCGCUUGUUGCCGCCGUCGGCGACAUGCUCGGCGAGACGCUCGACAAGGUGGUCGGCACGUCUCUUGUCGAGCUCGACGCCCGCGCCGCCCACGUCCGCACCGGCGAGACGAACCUCGGCAAUCUCGUCACCGACAUUGUGCGGAUUGCCCAGGACUCGGACAUCUGCAUCCUCAACUCGGGCACGCUCCGCUCCGACGACACCUACGGGCCGGGCGAGAUCAGGGUCCGCGACAUCACAGCCAUUCUGCCCAUGGAGGACAUGAUGGUUGUCCUCGAGCUCACUGGCGCCCAGAUCCGCGCCGCCCUUGAGAAUGGCGUCUCCAAGUACCCGACCCACGAGGGCCGCUUCCCGCAAGUCUCGGGCAUCCUCUUUGUCUUUGAUCCCGACGCCGUGCCAGGCGCCCGCAUCGUCUCGGUCGACGUCGUCGCCGCCGACGGCUCCACCACCCCGCUAGACAGCGAUGCCUCCUACCGCGUCUCUACCAAAGAGUACCUGGCCUCGGGCAAGGACGGUUUCACCAUGUUUGCCGAUGCCAAGGUUCUCGUCGACGGUGAGUGCGGCGUCAUGCUCCCUACCGCCCUCCGCAACCACUUUAUCAUGCUCAACACCCUUGCCGCUCUCCGCAACGCAGAGACAUGCUUCCACAAGGCGGUGCGCUUCUUCCACGGCAACCUCGAGAGGGCCCACUCCGAGGAGGCGACCAAGUCUAGCGACGAGAAAGCGCGCCGCAAGUCGUUUUGGGACCGCGAGUUUGCCGUCAACACCCGCGUCGAGGGCCGCAUCCGGACCGUCGGCCAAGACAUGCCCUCCCUCUCUUCACCGUAGUUGUUCCACCGUAGCCAACCGUAGCCUGCUCGACUCCAUGUUUACGAGGAUGACGAGAGAUCGGCAAACACAUCGCUGCUCGA